CAAUACAUGAUGAAAUUUCAGGACAUUUUAUUUGACUUUUGUACUAUUUAUGUAAAUGCAUAACUUUGAUGUGUUUUAGGCCAUGCUGGCCAAUCAGAAGCCUGACAAAGUUUCAAGUAGGCGGAGAUAACAGCGCAGGCUCCGACGUCACAAGCCAAAAACUCUGGUUUUGCUGUACGUUACAUGAUAACACUGCAACCGGAGUUCUUUUAAAUCUUCUCCCUGGCAGGAGUUUUCAAAAUGUUCGGUUUCAGUGACCUGGUGCAGAGUUUGCGUGAAGACGAACUGCCAAACCGCAUAGAAAAAGCUGCUGUUUUGAAAAUAACCGCGUUCGUGUGGACGGCCAAUGAGCGCGCGCGGUGAGCAUUCAAAUCACAUUUAAAUUGGAGCGGAGGAGGCUACCAUGGUAACGGUGUCAACUCAAUCAGCUGACAAGUAGCGAGAGGCUCUCUGCUGUUUUCACUGCUUUCAGGUAAGUUUAGUUCCUAAAGUUACACAAAUAAUACAUAUAACUGUUCCUGACACUUUCUUACAUGUUACUGACACAUUUCUGUUGAAUCUUUACUUUACAGGAGUGGUUUAGUGUCUUCAAAAAGACUGUUAGCAUCACAACCGUUAACUAUAGAGGCUAACAAUUAGAGGAGCGUCAGAAAAAAAUACCUAAAACAGGGGAAGUUACAAGAAAAUUUGUAAUGAGAGCUGCUGACAGAGAUACAGGAAACACAGAGCUGGAGCGGAACAGAUCUCCUGUCGAAGAACAUCUCCAAAGCGCCAUGAACCAUCUGACUAAGACCUGGCUGCACCCUGACAUCCCCAACUCAUUGGUGGACCUUGAAGGGUUCUCCCUUGUUCGAGCAGACAGAGAUGAAUCUUCGGGGAAGACAAGAGGCGGUGGUGUUUGUGUCUACAUCAGAGAGGGUUGGUGUAGCCAGUACACGGUAAGAGAGUCUGUGUGUAAACCAGAUGUGGAACUACUCUGUUUAUCGCUGAGGCCUUUUUACCUCCCGCGAGAAUUUGGAAAUAUUAUUAUUUGUGCAGCAUAUGUCCCGCCAAGUGGAAACGCGGCGAAAGCGGCUAGCUGCAUAACAGACUGUGUUCAUAAACAAUUACAACGUACUCCUGGAGCUCCGAUCUUCAUUCUUGGCGAUUUUAAUCAUUGCAGACUGGACUCUUCUCUCCCAGGUUAUGAACAGUACAUAAAAUGUGCUACCCGAGGAAAUAAGAUUUUAGAUAAAUGUUACGGGAACGUGAAGGAUGCAUAUGUGGCCAAGCCCAAACCCCCUCUGUCGAACUGUGAUCAUAACACGAUUCAUUUGGUACCUAUUUAUAAAACACUUUUAAAACGCUCAAAGCCACAGACGAAGACUGUAUUAGUUUGGUCUGAUGAUAAUAUUGAAAUUUUAAAGGGUUGCUUCGCUUGUACAGAUUGGGAACUGUUUCAUGAUAUGGAUAUUGAGGAUGCUACAGAGACAAUAACAGACUACAUUAAUUUUUGUGUGGACACAGUUGUUGAGAAGAAAACAGUAACUGUAUUUCCUAACAACAAAAGUUACAUAACAAAGGAAAUUAAGGAGUGUUUAAAUAGGAAGAAGUUAGCUUUUAACAACCAAGAUAAAACUGAAUUAAAAUCAGUUCAAAAGGAAUUAAAUAGUUUGCUGAAGGAGGCUAGGACAAAACAUAGAGACAUCAUAGAACAAAAUUUUAACUUUGGGAAUUCCAGGAAAUUAUGGGAUGCUAUGAAAGUAGUAACCAAUAUGGAACCUGUCCGGAACAGGCUUAUAACUAGUAAUGAACAGCAAAGAGCAAAUGAUCUGAAUGAUUUUUUUCUAAGGUUUGAGUCCCCAUUAGAGGAACUGGUGGAUUUAGACUCUAUUAGAUGUAACUCAGAUUGUAGAUUAGAAGUUGUUCCUUAUACAGUCUAUUCGUUAUUUAAAGGCAUAUGUACCAAAAAAGCUACGGGUCCUGAUGGAAUUUCUGCUUUUUGA